CAAUUUACAGUUAUUGCGUUUCUUACAGUUAAGACCCCUAUUGCUGAUGCUUUCGUUGCGUACACUCUCGGUGUAUUCCUUCCCUGCACUGUCACCGACGAGCUUGCCAUCCAAAACACUCGUGUUGCCUCGUAACAACCACGCGAAACGGUGGCUCGUGUUGCUCGGGAGGAGAGCCAAAGCAUUAUUGGUAGUGGUGUGUCGGGGAGUGCUUGACCUGGGAGUCUUCGAUCGCCUCCGUACUCCUCCUCGCACGCACACCUCUUUGGGAGCGACUCUCUCUCUCUCUCUGUGAAGCUGUAGUGGAGAAAUGCUACCGUCCAAUCACAAUCACACGGGGGUACCGGUGGUAGGGACCGGACCCCCACGGAGGUCAUCGUCGGCCAAGCACAACCUACACGGCAACGCCAGUCACCAUCGCAACGGAUCGUCUCUGCUUUCCUCAUCCACCAUCCUCCUCGUAUUGGCGACGGCUAUUCCUAGUUUCUUUCUAGGCACACUUACUUGCUUAUUCGCCGGUAUUGAUUGUCAACAUCAGUCGUCGGCGACUGUGAACCUCCUGGAAGCCUGGCGCAGUGCCGAUCGCGAAUCCACAAGCUGCACUGCCAGCAGUAUCGAGCAUCAGCUACAGGCACGGAUACAGACACUACAAGCUCAGUGGGAGGCCGAUCUAGAGACCAAAAUACAACAACGCACUCGGCAAAUGGUCAAACCAGACGGCAGCGAUACGUCCACGUCGGGGUACCAUCGCGAUUGGCUCUUUCCCUCGGACCGGACCGGCCGCUUCGUCACCGCCUUGGUGCGGACGCCCAAACUCGGCUUGGUCGAUAACCUCGAUCUCGGAGUGCCUGUGGACCCACCCGGCAAGGGCUACGAAGAUGUCCUGCUACUCUACAGUCGCGAGUCCACCUUGCCACAGCCCGUCCGGGACGAUCCCACCCUGACCUUUAUGGCCAACACCACCGCCGCACUCGAGCACUGCGAUUUCGUCAACGUCGUACUUACGGAACACAGCGCCGGUCGGAAACAGUGUAUCGCCGUCGUGCCGCAGUACGAAUCCUACCACUUGCAAAAAUGGAUGCGGGCCCAUCCGCAAUCGGGAAAAUUGGACACUGCCGUCCCGCUGAGACUCGUCAGUCGCGGACACGCUGAUAACGGCAGACAAAACUUUAUACCACCGGCGCUCGAUGACGCCCGACAGGCCUGGGAAGUGCUGAAACAGUAUCUGGAUAGUGUCGAUGCGGUCUUGGAGGAACUGAAACCGCUACUGGAAAAUAUUGCGAUUGAGAACACCGUUAUCGUCAUGGUGGUGAACUUUGGUCAAACCGAGUUACUCAUGAACUUUGUAUGCGCCGCCAAAUCCCGAUCAUUGGAUUUGUCCAACGUCAUUGUCUUUACUACCGAUCAAGAGUCGACCGAUCUGGCCACGUCUUUGGGACUGACCGCUUACUAUGACCAACGGAACUUUGGAGAAAUUCCCUCCGAAGCCGCCCGGCGGUACGGUGACCGCCGCUUCACCGCCAUGAUGAUGGCUAAAGUCAUCUGCGUCCAGCUCGUCUCCAUGCUCGGUUACGACUUGCUCUUCCAAGACGUCGACAUUGUUUGGUUUUCCAACCCUCUCGAAUACUUUGCCCACGCCGACCCUGGCAUGGAUAUGUUUUUUCAAGACGACGGCGCCCAUUCUACUCGCUACGCUCCGUAUUCCGCCAAUUCUGGACUGUACUUUGUCCGCCACAACCCCUACUCAUGGUGGGCGACCUGA